AUGGGGGGACCCUGGGAGGGAGCGGGCCAGGCCGCGGCAUCUAUCCGGGGCUCCCCAGGGACCGGCCCGCAGCCUUGACCCCCGGGGUCAGGGGGGGCCCUGGGGGGCGGUGGGGUCAGCCUCCCACUCCUGACGUCACUCGGCCCGGGCUCCAGCCCCAGCGCGGCUGCUGCUCAGAGGGGACUCAGCUGGACACGCUGCCCCCGCGCGCUCUUUAAAGCAAAUAAGUCUUUGAAGAGUAAAGUCUUAAAAUUUUCAAAGAAAAAAGGGGAAGACAGCUCUGGUUGUGCAUUCGCGGUCUGCGUGGGAGUCCAGUCUCGUGAAAUCACUGCUCCUCGGCCUCAGACUUGGCUUGAAGCUGCUUGUCCAGCGGGGAACAGCGCAGGGCCCUAUUCCCAGCCCUCGGUCGGCUGCGCAGCUCCAUGGAAGCUGAUGGACCCACCAGCAACUCCGCGCGUCUCACCCGGUGUCGUGUUGCUGUCGCCAGACCGUCCAUGCUUGGGCUUUCACCGAGGGCCGAUCCUGUCUAAACGGGCUUCACGCUCUCGGUCUCGUUUUAACUCUUCUCAUUCCUGAUGGAGAUGCCGUUUAGGGUGAAAUGGAAAAAUGAGAGCGAACCCCUGCCCGCCCCCCGCGCGGUAUCAACCUAGAACAGCACCGUGUUUGUCGCAGGAUUGGGGAACCGCAGAGCUCAGGCCGGUGACACGGACAAGGUGGGGGCACCCACGUGGGGAGGAGACGCAGGACACCACCGCUGGGCUCCCGCGGCCGUGGGAAAUGCAGACGCCGCUGCUGCAGGCGGGGCCCGUCUAGAGCAGGGUAGGGUGACACGACCUCAGGUGGCCUGCGGCAGAGACAAAGGGGCACAGAAAGCAGGACUGCGGUGCGCAGCCUUGUUCUGGGCCCCCGGGGGGCCUGCUGCCCCGCUCACCGGCUCCUGCACCUGGACUCGGAAAGACCGUGUGCAGGCCGUGUGCCUCCUGCUUGCUCCCUGACACGGGACGCGUGAGGAUGAUGCCCUCCCAUUAGCGCGCAGUAGUGGCAGCCGUGGACACAAGCGGGUCUCCCACCCUGUGACGCUGUGCAGUCAAAAGCAACCACAACGUGGACCGACCGAUCUCCCGCACACCGUGCUGGCAAGUCCACCGCCGGCAAGCGUUCCUCCUCCUGAGGCCGACCACGGCCCUUUGGUUAGUGCAGCCUCCAGCCUUCGCUUGCAGGAUUCGGCGGGUGGAGCGGGUGAGUGCGUGGGCUCUGGGCCAGGGGUCCAGCCGACGGCGCCGAGCGCUGGAUCGACUUCCCAAGAGCGGUUGCAGUCCUGGAUCCAAGCCUCAGUCCCAGCCUUCACGUGAGCGUACAUUCGGAACUCCGUGGGGCACGUGGCCGUCUUCCCACGCAGGGUGGGUUCCCACCCUAUGUUCCCUAGCACCCCAGAAACAUUUCCGUGGUCCUUCCAGACUACGUUAUUGUUGGAUCUGACUCCCCAUUUACUCUUAACAAUUACGGAGCUGUCCGAGUUAUGUAGAUACCCCCCCCCCAAGGAGGGAAACAAAACCCUCGCUCGGUAAGUGACUUCCUUCCACAGAGAACAGUGGAAAGGGGAGAAAAAUACUGCGAAGAAACCCACUAAAAACACACCUGAAGGGGGAUCCCUGGGUGGCUCAGUGGUUUAGCACCGCCUUCAGCCCAGGGAAUGAUCCUGGAGUCCGGGGGUCGAGUCCCACAUCGGGCUCCCUGCAUGGAGCCUGCUGCUCCCUCUGCCUGUGUCUCUGCCUCUCUCUCUCUCUCUGUCUCUCAUGAAUAAAUUAAAAAAUAAAUAAGUAAACACACACACACACCUAAGCCAGGUGAGCAGGGUUGGAGUCAGCAAUGACAUCAGGGCGACCACACGCACGGUGGCUGUGACGUGGUCUUCCUCCUACCAACCUGAAGCCCCCACGGUGGGGACACCUGCAGAAUACCUGCAAGCCCUCCCCAGGGCCGUCCUGGGCAUCAGGAGCAAGUGAGCCGAGGAGACAUGAUGCCUGAUGCCGUGUGGGUCCUGGGUGGGUUCCUGCCACACAGACAGGACACGGGGCAAAGGGAAUAAACACGGGAAUAAAUGCAGUAUGCGUGUGGUUGUCGUUGGUAACGCACAGUCUAGGUUCAUAACGGGGAAGCCACGCGAGGGAACUUACCUCGUCUUCCUGAUUCUCCUGUAAAUCUGAACUACCGGGCAUGCAGGUAGCUCACACGGGCGUGUUACGUAUACCGCGUGGGUUACCUCCCAGCUACAGUGAGAAGCGGAGCUGAAUCGGUUUUUCUGCUCGGCCAGAACUCCUGUUUGAAUGUUAGCGUCAUGAUGCAUAUAAGACCCUAAGUACUGACGCACGUGGGCGAUUCCAGGGACCUCUAGCCAAAUGUUGGCCACCUGACACGAGUUUUGGGUUCAGGCGUUGGGGGGGGCUGAAGUGUGCUGCCCUAGACUAUGGCUCCAGCAUCCAAUCCACGCGCUGCCCCCGUGUGCAGGUCAUUUGUGCAACCCCCGCGGCCUGCACACAUGCACUUCCGACCUGACCGGGGUCCGGGGUCUGUCCCUGGGCACCCACCCCUCUCUGGGCUGGGAUCCCACAGGGCACCCCAUCCUGCCAUCACCCCCUGUCUCAGAGGAGUGGUGGCCCCAUGUGGGCCCGUGUCCUGCGAGGUGAUGGCAGGUGCCUGUGGGGUGGGCCCGCCAGGGAGGCCCCACGCAUGUCCCUGGCCAGCUCCUGAGCUGCCCCUUCUGGCCGGGACCUCCUGAAGUCGCAGGGAGGUGGAGCCCCUCCCUGACCUGGUGCCCAGGCUCCACUCCCGCCCUAGAGGGGGCUGGGGGCUCGGGCCUCCUGGAGGCAGUGGCGGAUGAGGCAGGCCCCGCAGCACGGGGUACAGAUGCCGCCCCCACCCCGUACUCCUCUGGGCUCUGUUCUGAGGCUGGGGGCAGGGCGAGGGAAGGUGGGAUGGUCCUCCGCGCGACCUCGCGCUGUCCCCUCCAGCUGCUGCUCACUGCCCCUCAUCGGCCCCACUGGCCGCACCCGGAGACUCGCAGUGUUGACAGGCAACCCCCGUGGGGGAGGAGGCCUCUCAGGGACACCCGGCAGCCGGGGCCUUCCUGUGUCCACAGCACCUGGCAACCGCCUGGCAACGCGGUGUCCUCCUGAGAGGCAGCUGCCGCCCACGCGCUGUCCCCAGCAGAGUCCUGCGGGGGGGCCCCUGGGUCGGGUGGCUUCUCCGCGGCCGGUGCUCCUUGCAGAUGAUCUGAGAAGCAGGGAGGGAGGGGCCGCGGCGUCCGGGAUGCUGGACUCCUCGGUGGCAGACGCGAUGACCCAACUGACCCUGAAACUCUUGGAGAAGAAACUAGAGCAAGAGCGUGAGCACGUGGGAGGGGAUCCUGAGGACCCGCGCGUCACGCCAGGAGGCGAGGACCGGCCCGACGCGGCCCUGCUGGGUGCCCUGGGGAGGCGCCGAGACCUUCUGCGGACGCUCCGGGAGCAGCGCCUCCUGGAGGAGGCAUCCCAGGCCCCAGCCCGGAGCCGCCCACCACCCCCGGCCACACCCCCCCUGGGCGUCUACCCGGCCGCCCCCCUGCCCCCGCGGGCCCCAGAGCCGCCUUGGCUCAUCCAGCCCUGGGCCCUGCAGCCUCUGGCCGCCGCUGUCCAGCCGCUGCCCCAGGCCGGGCCGCCCCCCCGGGGACCAGGGGGGAUCAAGGAGGACAUGGUGGAGAUGAUGCUGAUGCAGAACGCUCAGCUGCACCAGAUCCUGAUGCACAGCCUGAUGCUCAGAGCCCUGCCCUCAUCCGUGUUUUCGCCCCUGGGGGCAUCCCAGGCCGCCCCCCUGCACCCCGGCCUGCAGAGGCCCCGGGCGCCGUCCGUGCAUCACCACCACCACUACGCGCCCCCAGCCCCCGGCUCCCUGCCGGCUUGCCCGCCCUGGCCCGCGCUCCUGGCCACCCUCCCGCCCGCACCCGGCCUCCUGCCUGCGCUGCACCCCCUGGCCGGCCCCGCGGCGGCCGGCAGCCCGCCCGCCUCUGACGGCGCGCUGCCCACCCAGGCAGCCGGCCCGUGGGCCUGGGCGCGCGGACUCUGCCAGAGCGCCCCUCGCUCAGCUCCGGCCCCCCGGGAGCAGACGGCAGUGGCGGCUAAGCGGGCGCCGCGCAGGUGCAGCCCACGAGCCCCGGGCGCCGGGAGCCCCCGCAGGACGGCGAGCUCCAGGCAGGGCCCGUGGUGCUGCUGCCGACGCCGGUACGUGGGAGGCCCAGGCGUGCGGGCCCAGUUGGCCUGGUGUGCCCCCACGGCCUGCUCCCGUGAUGCCCUGGGCCCAGCACAGCUUGCAUAG